GGAACUCAAACUCCAUACGGCACAUACGGCAGGAGUUGGGGCCUGGGGGCUGGAGUGUCCUUGUUUUUUUUGGGAGGCAUAUAUCGCCUGGCUACGAUAAUACACAGUUUAUAUAGAUGUAAAGGGUAUUUCGCCGAAUUCCUGAAUCCUGUGACCCUGACCCAGAGAAUCGAAAGUAUCUAAGGUUUGGACCCAGAGACAGGUCCAGAAGUUUCACUUGCCAAUGGAAAUAACUGUGAUUAUGAACAGGACCAAGCUUGUAUGAUGCUUGCAAUUCUGUGACAUUUGAAGCAUCAAAGACUAAGAGCUUUAUGCAGGUUGUUGCCUGUUAGCAGUUGAAGAUAGAAGAUAUUUGUAUGUAUAUACUGAAGUGACUUGGCGAGUGGAGGUCAAGAUGUCUCUGACCCUUGCAGAAAAGAAAGAAUUUGUCAAGCUUGUGUGUCUGUGUCUUCUGUGGUAUGCCAUAAGCUCAGUGAAUAAUGUUGUCGGGAAAACGCUGUUGAACUACUUCCCAUACCCAAACACCCUGAGCAUGGUCCAGCUUCUCUCAAUCACAGUGUAUUCUGAACCAAUAUUACGGUGUCUCAGAAUAAGGCCACACUCUGAUAUGAGCUGGAGCUACUAUGUAUCAGUCAUUGUUCCCUUGGCCACUGGGAAAUUCUUGGCUGUUUUGUUUUCUCACAUAAGUAUAUGGAAAGUACCUCUUUCAUAUGCACACACAGUGAAGGCAACGAUGCCUAUAUUUACUGUUAUCUUUGGAAGGGUGCUGUUAGGAGAGCGACAAACUUUUUCGGUGUACUGUUCUCUGAUUCCGAUCGUGGUCGGGGUCGGCAUCGCCACCAUCACGGAGCUGUCGUUCGACAUCAUCGGCCUGCUCAGCGCCCUCACCUCCAUCGCAGUCUACUCGGUCAUGCAGCUGUUCUCCAAAAAGACGAUGAAGGACACGGGUAUCCAUCAUCUUCGGCUGCUUCUGGUGCUCGGUAGGCUGGCCUUCUUCAUGUUCCUGCCCUUCUGGGUGAUGUUCGAUCUCAGAAAGCUGAUGGUCGCCGAUGACCUGGUGCGCGGUGACAGCGUGUUCUUCACGCUGAUGCUGCUGGCGACGGACGGUUUCCUGAACUGGAUGCAGAACCUGGUGGCGUUCACGGUGCUGCACCUGGUGACGCCGCUGACGUACGCCGUCUGUAACGCCACCAAGCGUGUGUCGGUCAUCAGCGCCAGCCUGCUGUUCAUGAGAAACCCGGUCACGGUGACAAACGUGGUCGGUAUGCUGCUGGCCAUCGCAGGCGUGUUCAUGUACAACAAGGCUAAAUACGAGGCGAACCUGCGGCGGCGUCAGGAGGCGAUUCUGCCAAUGGUCACCAAGGGUAACCCGCUGCUACACGGGGGCACCAUCGGCAUCGACUGGGCCGACAAGAUCAGUCCCGUCUACCAGCCGCUGCACCAUGUCAACCACCACGGUCACGGGCACGCCAACGGAUACAGUAACGGGUUCGCGCGCACGGUGAUGGCCGCCUAAGUGGCCGGCCGGCUGCCGGUGGGGCACAGAGUCCGCACUGGAUGCCGCUGGUGGUCGUUUGGGACUGAGCAGUGGCGUCCUGUGUGCUCCCGGCGGGCUGCCGGGAGGCUGCCUGUGGUGUGUGAUCGGCGGGCUGCCGGGAGGCCGCCUGUGAAGUGCGGUCGGUGAGAGGGCUCUCUGGAGCUGGACACUGUGAUAGUCGAGUGUGGGUGAUACCAGCCCGUAACCUGGGGCGGCUCGCCGAGGGUCCCUGCCCUCCUUGCGAGCACGCGAGCACGUCUGGCGGUCUGGACACGCUGAGUGGCUUAGGGUCGCCCUCUGCGCCGCCGCGAGGGAAGCCCGAUAAGUUUCGACCGCGGGCGCGCCGACUGGGUGCCGUGCAGCAUGGUGACAUGACAGUUUCGUGGGUGCCUACUGACCACUGACCAGGUAUGUUUCAGUUGCAAUGUGCUUGGCGAGGUCCGACCUUCCUACUUAGUUUUGUGUGUGCGGUUAUUGGGCUUGUAGUUAAGUCGUUUCACGGUUUUGUUUCCGAGUUUGUGAAUCAUCAUUUUCGUGUGGUUAUGGGUUAUUCUAGCGAGAGCUGUGGAAGCUGUCUUUUGAUCCUUUAAGCUGUCGUGCCAGCCUCCAAUUUAUUGCAACUUUCCGAUACAGGUCAUGGCUCGAGUUGCAAUUGCCCGCGUUGUGUGAAGUCUGUUGUCAUCUAUUCAGUAUUUUAUUUAUGGAGACACACUAUUAUAAAUCUUAUUUUUGUACGUAUUUAUUCGCAUAUUUAUUUUUCAGCUUUCCCAAUUCACAUAUCAACAUGAUAGUAGCCAAAACUAUUUAUAGAAAAAUGGAGUAGAAAUGAAGAAAUGUAUAACGAAAAUUUUCAGUGGUAAAAGAAUUUAUCAUCCAAUGUAAAUUCAUCAUCCAAUGUAACGAUAUUGGUUUUGAUCGUAGACCCAAUGCUUACACAUGGAAGAUGAUCUUACUUAAUAGUCUAGCUAUAUUUAUUUAGUUUUAGUGGGGUAAUGAUAUAAUUUCUCCAUAAUCUGUGACCUGUGUGUCAUACUUGACUACUAUGUACGUAUUAUGGCCCUCGUUUUGAUGGCACCUGCCGCUAUCGUAACCAAACAUUACCAAUCGUUUGUCUAUUUUCCGAUCGACUUCCAUGACUUUUCUUCGUAUCCGCUGAGCCGACCGGCGGAUGCGGUGUGCGGGUUCAGUUGUACUAGUACCUGUGUGGGGAACUGGGUCUGUCCAGCGGCCGUGUGCCCGCCGUUGGGCGUCUUUCGGUGGAUGUUCCCGGUCCUCAUACCGACGAGAGGGGUCCACUAGGAGUCACCCGAUGGUGACCUGUGAUGCACGUGUUCCUGUCUGACGGUCUGGUGAUAGGCACCGCGUAGCAUUGUGAACGUGACUAGGACUGGCAGAGCAACGAAAAUUAUUCUUUUGAUUGCUGGCGCAUUGUGCGUUUGCUGUAGAUGUGCUGUUCUUUCUAUACAAAAUGCCCAUGAUCGGCGACGACCGUUUGGCGCGAAAUGUUCUAUUUUAUGCGCUGUUACGUGGCGUAUUGUGUGCUACAUGAAGAAUCUGUCUAUUUUUCCACUGUUUUAACUAGCCAAAGCCGCGCGUCACCUAGGCGUCUCGCCAUCCUUUUCCCGAUGACUGGCAAUCAGCUGUACUAGCAGUGCGUUCAAGUGUGAUAGCAGUGCGUCAAGGGCUCAAAUAUGUCUCGGUCUCCGAUAUGGUUGCUGUUGGAACUGAGCGUGGGGCCCUCGGGGAUGAUAUUGAUCGGAUUGGUACCGACUGAGCCUCUUUAUCGGCUGAUAGUGUUGGAACGUGUCUAUGACGAUCCAUAUUUUCCUAAAGCUAUUUGAUCUAUGUAAAUUGUUCUAUGGUGGUGUUCUCAGCCUAUGAACAAUAUGAACACAUGUCGACGGUCUAUAAACGUUUCAUGUCAUGGUAUUCUUCCUUUAUUAAACUAAGCACGUUCCGCAUAUUGAGGAAA